GUCGAACCGACCAAUGGGAGGAGAGCUUGUGCUGCCACGUGCGCCUCUGGAGAAUGUAAACACACGUGUGUGGAGCUAAUGCAUGCAUUCAGAUGAGGUCAAGUAUUGCUGAAAGAGAGAGUGAACGUACAGCAGUACUGAACACAACCCUCAUCUAACUCCUGGAGAAUGGGGACCUUAAAGAUCAUAACCAUCAUCCAAACUGUUGCUUUAAUACAAGUUGUGUCACAAGCAUAUCAGCAAUCUGGCUCAUGUUACUGGACCAGCAACUCUUCCUUUAUAGACGUGGAGGAUAUUAACCGUCUCUCCUCUCACAUCUGUCUGUCUCUGGGAUGUGGCGAUGUGUAUAAAUUAAGGGCAUAUGAUGAAGAAUUCAACAGCACCUGUUUCACAGGUUGCCUUUACAUUGACUCUGAGCUAAGAAACUGCAGUAAUACUGUGAGAAGCCACUGCAAGAAGCUUUCUGAGGUCAUUUGUGGUUCUCCCUAUGUGGCUCAAAUAUCUAGCCCAUGUACCUGGACUAUCAAAUCCCCAGACCCAAAAUCUUCAGUGUCUCUGCCUGAAGACACUGUCCACAGUGUGUCCCAAGAGAUUUGCCGUGAGCUUGGCUGUGGACAGGUCUACAGUCUCAAUCAGAACACAGCGGGAUUAUACACAACUUGUUUUACUAACUGUGUUUAUCACAACUAUCAGUUGAAGAACUGUAGUGAGGUUAACUCCAAAUGCUCAGUCCUUUCUGAAGUUAAAUGUGGCAAUGCUGCCGUCCGGUUGCAGGGGGGCGGCCAUCGCUGCGGGGGCCGUGUGGAGGUGUGGAGGGGCUCCUGGGGAACAGUGUGUGAUGAUGGAUGGGAUAUAGAUGAUGCACAUGUGGUGUGUGCACAGCUGGGCUGCGGGUAUGCUGUGUCUGUCAGCGGGCAUGGUGAGCCAUACGGCCAGGGCACAGGCGUCAUACACAUGGAUGAGCUCAACUGCACUGGAAAAGAGAGGAGCUUAUGGGAAUGUCCGGCGAUUACAAAUGGACAUGACUGUGGACAUAAGGAGGAUGCAGGGGUAGUUUGCUCAGAAUACAAGGCUCUGCGACUGACAGGAGGCCUGGACAGAUGCUCUGGGAGAGUGGAGGUCCAUCGAAAUGGUAGCUGGGGGACAGUGUGUGACACAUCCUGGCAGAAGGAAGAAGGCGCAAUGGCCUGUAAAAUGCUGAACUGUGGAGAAGUCAAACAGUUCACAGCCUUUGACCCAGCCUUCAAGCAUAAACAUGGGUCACUCUGGUAUUUUUACUGUUUGAACAAGACCGCAGACCUGUGGCAUUGUAUUGAAUACAUUAAUGUCUUGCAUUUCUGCAUGGAAACCAAAGCAGCUGGGCUGAUUUGCAAUAAUUCUCUUGGUCUGCCUGUUCCCACCAGUCCACAACCAACUUCUGCACUAGCAACCACAGUGACUACUACGAUAGUGGACAAACCACCUGGAUUCUUCCUGACUUCAGAGCAACUGGGGUGUUUUGUACUUGGUUUCUUGCUUUUGAGUGCAAUUAUAACAAAUAUCCUCUUAUGUCAUCAUAAUAAAAAGAACAAAGCCGCUGUGGUCCAGAAGAAAUAUAUGAACCUGCAGGCCCAGGCCGAGACAGAGGAAAACAGCUACAGAGAUUCUGUGCAUCUUGUCAAAGUCACAAACAACAGCAGUGGUGCUGAGGUUCCUGUAUCUCCUCAGCGUAUCUGGGCUCAAAGUAGCAUUGAGAGUGCAUCGUAUGACACAGAUUAUGAGCAACAUGACAUCAGUCCGGAAACAGCUUUUCCUUUGUCCACUUUUCAAAACUCAAUGCGAUACAGUGCAGAUGGUAAAAGGGCUGCUGUGAAGGUCACAAACCUGAACAGUGUGAUGGAGGAAGCAGAAACCACAGUGGGAGGAUACCAGCAAAUCUCUGAUCAUAAUGCACAGCAGAUGCAUGAAUCUGCUACAAGUGUGGACUCGUUUGAGUCUUCCUGCACCUCCUCAGGAGAGUGCUAUGAAAACACAGGCACAAAUGCCCAGGACCCGUGCUCACAGGAGUCUACUGAAUGUUUUGAAAAUACAGGGGAACAAACCGCAGACACACUUGAUGAUGUUGAGAUCAAGGCUCUAUGGGGGGCCAUGCCAUCACCUCUGGUACUUCUUGUUUUUCUUUACGCUGAAGAUAGUUCUUUGGCUGUAUGUUUGGGGUCGUUGUCCUGCUGCAGAAUACAUUUUGUCAUCAUACACCUUCCUGUUGGUAUUACAUGAUGGAUAAGUACCUGCCUGUAUUUCUCAGCAUUGAGAACACCAUUAAUCCUGACCAAAUCUCCAAUUCCAUUUUCAGAAAUGCAGCCCCAAAUGUUCAACGAACCUCCACCAUGCUUCACUUUUGCCUGCAGACACUCAUUAUUGUACCGCUCCCCAGCCAUUCGACAAACACAAACACAAACUGCCUUCUGCUACAGCCAAAUAUUUAAAAUUUUGACUCGGCCCAGAGCACCUGCUGCCAAUUUUCUGCAUCCCAGUUCCUAUGUUUUCAUUUUGCAUACUUGAGUAUGCAUACUUAAGCCACAUCGAAGGUAUGGCUUUUUGGCCGCAACUAGCCAGACUUCUCUGGACAGUAAAUGGGUGUACCUGGGUCACACUGGUUUCUGCCAGUUCUGAGCUGAUGACACUGCUGGACAUCUACUGAUUUUAAAGGGUAAUAAGCUUGAUGUUUCUUCUAUCUUCUGCACUAAGUUUCUUUGGCCGACCACUACAUCCUCAACGUUUCCUGUUUCUUUGUGCUUUUUCAAAAGAGCUUGAACAGCACAUCUUGAAACCCCAGUCUGCUUCGAUAUCUUUACGAAACCCUGUUGCAGUAAAACUACCUUGUGUCUUGUUGCUGUGCUCAAUCUUGCCACGACAUGAAACUAUCUUUCACACCCUCACCUUGGUAGCAGAGUUUGGUUGUUCCUCACCCAGGUUUAAUCCUCCUACACAGCUGUUUCUGUUUUAUUUCAUGAGUUUCAACCUACAUUUGACAAUGAGGAUCAUUAGCACUUAUUUGGUAUAACUGGUUGAUCAUACACCUGACAAUAAUCAUACAAAAUCCCUGACUUUGUGCAAAGACUUAGAUGGACUUUAGUUAAAUUUCUAAACAAUAACAAAAACUGUCCUAUAGGGUAAAAAGCAAAUUAAACAAUAAUGUGAUAACAAGAAGGCAGGGCCAAGACAUGUACUGCUCAAGGCAAAAAAAAUGCACUCCAGUCCAGCCAUGAGAAUACAAGAAUCAGUAACCACUGAAAACAAAAUUGCAUAAACAAACAAGGAGCAUGAAUAUCACAUCUGUCUCUCUGCUAUAUAUACUUUUUUAAAACUUGGUGACUAUUUUUCAGAUAUGCAUCAACACUGAACCUUCAAUUUAGAACUUGGUGACUAUUUUGACUGAAUAGGAAAGAAGCAUAUUUUUUUAUUUCUAAAGUCCUUUGUAAGAUUUGCAUAAUUUCUGUAUUUAUUAUAAUUUAUUAUUUAUUUAUUUAGCUGUUUUAGGGGAAAUAAAUGUACAAAAUUAGUCAACCAAAAGGAGCAUAAUUUUCUAGGGAUUUGCUUGCUGUUCCAAUUAAUUACUCUGAAAAACAAAGCAAAAAAAAGGUUACGAAUGUUUUUAAAAAGCUUAGGAAGGUUAAGAGAAAAACUGAGAAAGACUUUAAAGUUGUUGAUUGUUGUGUUUCUGGGGACUGUAGAUAUAAAUAACAGUUUAUAUAUUACAUAUAUAACAGUUUUCCAAAUUUGACUCACAAAUGCAGAUUUAUGGAAGCAGGGAUCCGGAAGGUCGUUCCUGGGUCCCACCACAGAUCCUUCCUUCAGUUACCAAGGUUUUUGUCUAUCUACCAGCAGCAAUUAAUACACAUUUACACACCAAACAGAUGUGUUAAUAAAUUGUUCAUAUUUUGUUUACAGCAGUUCAUUCAGUUUACUGUUUGCAGCAUCCAAACCUCUAUCUUUUUACAUAUUUGGCCAUGUUUUGAGUUUAUUGAACUAAUAUUCUAAUUGAACUAAUGUGAUUUUCUUUGGUUUAUCUUUCCUUUUCAGAGCUAGAUAAAGAGGGUGGCAGCAGAGAGGAUUCCCCGUUGUACUCACCCGUCAGCUAUGAUAAUGAAGCAGUCUCUUCAGAAAGUGACUAUGAUGACAUUGGCAAUUAUUUGCAACAACCUAGUAACUUACAUUAGCUAGAG